CCGGAAUACAAAUCUUCCGAUUCAGUAGACGAGGAUGAAUCAUCCAGCUUCCUUCUCUUCACACUUCGGCUCCGCUUUCGCUCCCCUCUUUUACUAUGCUUGCGUCCAUCAUAUCGUUUCGACCCGUUUUCAUGGUCGAAUUCGGAGUCUGAGCUGGUUUGGGACUCAGAUUCACCUUCAGUUUUGGAUUUGGAGGAUUUGAGAUCUCGAUGAGACGGAGUUCUGCAUGUAUCCCUUGCCAUUCAGGUUUUCGUUUCUGGAGCUAGUAGGGAGAAGUUUGUACUUUGUGUGCUCUUCAAAAAAUAUUGGGCAGACAAUUACUACAUAGUAUCCUGCUGUGUAAAUUUCACAAAUGUUCCAGAAAUCUUUACACACACAAACAGCUUUGAGGACCCAGAGGUGCAGUGAUGAGUAAGUACCCUUCAAGUGAUGGUGGUAGCUGUAGUACAAUUCACAACCGGAAAUGCAGAGACGUGGUCUUUCUGGUCAUCUUCGUUGCCUUCUGGGUAUCUAUGAUUGUGAAUUCUAGCUUUGGAUUCAACCGAGGAAACCCAUUAAGGUUAACUUAUGGGCUGGAUUAUAAGGGCAACACAUGUGGUGAUCGACAUGCAGACCCUAACCUUCAUAAGUUGGAACUAAGAUAUUGGUUAAAGCCUAAUGAAGUUUAUCAAAGUGGGUUGAAGAAUGGUGAUGUCAAGCUUCCAAAUGCCCGAAGUAUUUGCUUGGGUACAUGCCCCAUUCCAUCAGAAGAUUCUCUGAAUUGGGUCUGUGAUUAUCCAGAGGGCGACAUUCAUGUCUCAAUGAAAGACUGGAUCAGCAGGAAUUACGAUUAUUUUGUUGACCUUCCUCCUGAUUUGAGAAACAAUUCUCUUCAACUUCUGGGACCAUGUUACCCUGUAAUAUUUCCCAGCAUUAAUGUUUAUUGGAGCUGCCAAUUUAUUUCUCGGCCAUCUAAUGUGUCUUUGAAACAUUGGAAGGAGAUGGGUGGAGCAAACAUUUUUGUGGAUGGUGAUAUGGAUAAAUCUAUACACAAUUCCAUCAACUCGCGGUCGUCAGUCUUUAAGAGAUAUGUUGCUGAUGUUGAAAAAUCAUGGCCUGUCUUGAUUGUAUGCGGGGGAAUUUUGCCAGUAUUCCUGUCGGUGAUUUGGCUUUUGAUGAUUCGCUACUUAGUUACGGCAAUGCCAUGGAUUACUGUUGUCCUUUUUAAUGGCCUUAUCAUCUCAGUAACAAUGUUUUACUACUUGAAAGCUGGAUGGAUUGGAAACAAUGCAAUAUCCCCCAUAAUCGGCGAACAUGACCCUUAUUAUAAUGUGCCCGCAAGGGAGUUGAGCCAUCUCUAUGCCACCACCGUUUUUAUGACCGUCAUCAUGAUAAUUGCAUUCCUAUCGUCUAUUGCUAUAGUGUCACGUAUCCUUAUGGGAACAUCUGUUCUGAAGCUUGCUGCCAAAGUGAUUGGAGAAGUGCAGGAACUGAUAGUUUUCCCUAUCAUUCCCUUUGCCAUUCUCGGGAUCUUUUAUAUACUGUGGUUUUCAGCAGCAUUCUAUCUUUUCAGUUCUGGGCAUGUUGUUCAGAACGACUGCAGCAACAACUGUUGUUCUUAUGAUCUAAAUGAAAAACAAGUGAAGUGUGACCACUGCUGUGGCUUUAGUGUCCAAUACACCCCUCAUAUUGCCGCUGCUAUUCUUUUCCACCUUUUUGGUGGUUAUUGGGCCACCCAAUUUGUCGUGGCGUGCUCCUCAACCGUCAUUGCAGGCUCUGUUGCUUCAUAUUAUUGGGGCCAAGUGGAAGUGUCGCCAGCGGUUCCAUUUUUCUCAGUACUUUCCUCAAUGAAACGGCUCGCACGUUACCACAUUGGGUCCGUAGCUCUCGGCUCUCUGGUUGUGUCUUUCACCGAAUCCACUCGUUUUAUACUGGAAGCCCUUCGUCGCAGAUUUAAAUCUACUAAUUCGGUGUCAGAGAGCUGGGCAGACAAGAUGGCCUUUGACACCUCACAGGGUUGCUCCAAAUCUAUUAGCUGGAUUAUCAAAUCUUUGAACCAUAAUGCUUAUAUCAUGAUCGCUAUUAGAGGAGAAAGCUUCUUCAAAGCAUCGGAGUCUGCAACCGAACUGAUUUUCAGCAAUAUCCUCCGAAUAGGAAAAGUCAAUGUAAUGGGUGAUGCCAUCCUCAAGCUUGGUAAGCUAUGCAUUAGCCUCGCAUGCGCACUCUUUGCUUUUCUCAUGUUGGGCACUCAUAAGUACAACUCCGCUAACAACAAGAUCUCAUCCCCUCUGUUUCCAGUGCUGGUAUGCUGGGGCCUCGGCUAUAUUGUUGCCACCCUCUUCUUUUUAGUGGUGCAGAUGUCGGUCGAUACCAUAAUCCUUUUCUCUUGCGAAGACUCCGAGCACAAUCGAGCAGCUUCCCCUACACCAACUCGUCUCCUGAAUGAGGUUCUGAGUGACGACCAUAGUGAGACGUAAAGACUAUUUGCACAAUCACAUCAACCCGAUACAUUGUAGUUGCAAGCUCCCGUCUGGCUUCAUAGUUUUUUGCCGCUAUUUAGUUAAUGAAGAGCAUUGACAUAGCCACUGUCCGUACGUAGCCCAUUUUGAUGUGUAUAGUUUUGUGGUAUGUUUGUCUACAUAAUUAAGAUGUCUACAGUUGCCUUCCAUGUAUUGUACCGGGCCUGAGUGUCAUCAAUCUAUCCAGGCUAAUGUAACGCCAACAACUCUAUACUGAAUAUUU